ACACCGGGCCGUUGAAGCGCGCACAUUGCACUGCAUUCGCCAAUUGACGCGCCUUCCCAUUGUCGUCGCCAAUUCCAGGAUCGAUUGCGCGGCGGGUCUUUUCAUCCCAUCCCACUCCUUCCUUCAUCGCGUCCUUUCAGGCCCUUUGUCGCCUGGGUAGCGGUCAUCUCAUUGGUCGCACACUUUUGUUGUUGUUGUUUGUCCGAUAUACUGUCAGCCUUGUUUGUGUACGGUAAAAAAUGAUGGAGGUAUUUCGCAGUCACGGGGCCGUGACUCCCUCCGGCCCGCACUCUCCAUCCGACAUCCACACCCCGCCAGCGCCGCUUCACGGAUUUGAGGAUCAUUGGGAGCCCUACACGCCGCGCAAGUCCGCACGCAUUUCCCAACGCACACAGGCCCAAGCAGCCUCAUCCUCAUCCCGCAGCCGCGCCCGCACCCCUUCACCCCAACCAACCCCCAGACGUCACAUCUCAUCUGCUGCCGACAAACAACAACCCCCGCCACCCCACCACAAAUCCACAGGUUCGCCAAAGUCAACAAAACGUCAACCCCAUCACCAUCAUCACAACCAUCAUCAGACUGAAGCUGCUGAACCUUCAUCAUCGUCGGCCAUGGUCACCCCAACCUUUACGCCCGUCAAGAAGCGCGCCGUCAACCCCGCCCUGGAUUCAGUUCAUCGCGCCUCAAGAACUCUAGAUGGCUCCCUUCACGCCCCCCUCGGUCGCUCAACUGGAGCUGGCAGCCUCAUCACCCCCGCCAAGACCCCCAUCAAGCCGCCGACGGAGCGCAGCAAGUCCCAACUGAAGGGAGUCACAAAGACUCUUUUCAGCAGAAAGGUUGACGAAAAUGAGGUCAUGCCCAGUCCCAAGAAGGCGCGCGCUAAGAAGCAGACCAAUGAGGAGGAGGAAAUUAGUAUUUUCACUGACUCCCAUGAGCGCGUGCCGGUGGUUGAUGACAGCAUUGAAAACCCUUUUUACGGCACCAAGACAACAACAAAAACUACCACCACUACCACCACUACUACUGAGCGCACCUCGACCCGCCGAAGCACCCGGAAUCUGGUCAACAUCCCCGGUGAGGGCGUGGUGAGUUUGGAGGAGGCAGUUGGCCGCAAAGACGGCAUGCUUAUCAUGUUCCGCGGCAAAAAGCAGUUCCGCAAGUUCGCUGAAGUGGAAGAGGAGGUGGUAGAGGCUGAUGACGGGUUUGAGAGUGCGGUUGCCUCUCCCUUGAGACGUCCUCUCACCCGCUCCUCCAUCAAGCCGCGUCUGCUGUUCCCACCCAAGCCCAAAGAGGCCAAGGUACCUGACUCAGACGAAGAGGCGCCCACCGACAUUGAGGACCACGUCUUGGAGAGCCUGAAGACCGAAGAGGAGAAGAAACAGGAGAAGGAGGAGGAGAAGGAGGAGGUCAUCGAGCCUGAGAUGCCAGCCGAAGAGGCCAAGGAGAAGCCCCUUACUGAGCCCCAAGAGGCAGACAAGGAAAGAGCCAGCACCCCCGAGACGACACCGUUAGCACCAGCUUCACCGCCAGCCACAGCACGCACCACAAGAGCUGGCAGCAAGAAGGCUGCAGAAGACACACCUAAAAAGGCCAAACCCAAGGGAAGGAAGAGUCCAUUUGACGCGUUCCGUCGAACCAAGGCCGGUGCAUCUUCCAGUGCUGGUACAAAGAGAGCCAGCGAAACACCAUCGGUCGGAGCCGGUCCAGCUAAGCGAACUAGGACUUGAUCACGCGCUGGCAGAUGGUGCACAAUUUAAUGGGCGGUGGUCUUUGUGCGUUUCCUUUCAAAAGGGGGGUUUUUUUUACGGCGCCGGAGGACGGCAUGACCACUACACUGGCUUGACUUUGACAUCUCAAACAUUAUUGCUUUUGACGGGA